GCGGAACGAGCGAAAAGAGCACAGCAGGAAGAACCGGGAGCAAGCGCAGGAGAAACAGCGUCUGGUACAGGAGCGUAUGAGGCAGCUCAGAAAAGAGGGUGAUUCCGGGAAUACCGUGUAAAGAUGAUUGAUUUGGAAGGUUACUAUUUUACCGAAGAGCCGCAAAUCAUUUGCGGCGAAACAGUUCGAUCGAUCGUCGCCGAUUUCGUGGAAGAUUAUCCCUCAACUGUCGAUCGCUUUUAUACCCGUUAUUACUAUGUGCACCCGGGAAAGGAGAACGAACCGCAUCAGGUGCUGUUCCACUCCAAUCGCAUCUGUUUGAUUGGCUUGGCUCCGGAGCACGUAGCGUUCCAGAAAGGCAUCAAGACGGUUACGUUCGAAGUGGGCAAGAUCGAUCGCAGCGAAAACCAAGUAAGUGGAAAGAAAAAAAGCGGGGGGAUGAUUUUGCAGAUGGAUUCCACAUUGGCACUUAUCACCUGUGAGGACGGCAGUGUGUACAAAGUGCGAGGUUGUGUUCAAGGGAAGUUAGUAGAAGUUAAUAAGCGGGUGGUUGAAAAUAUAGAUUUGCUCAGAGGUGAAGGAGAUGGGUACGUUGCGAUUGUUAUGCCUAAACCGGAACAGUGCAAAGCGAUUAGAUGUAAACUAUUGUCCAGAGAACAGUAUGUAGAGAAAUAUCAAUAGACGAAUUAUAGAGUUCUCAUUUUGACACGA